UUUCAUCUAUUAUUACCAUCAGAGCUAUUGUUAUGAUUACCAUAGAACAUAUUGUUUAACUUUUUGUUCCCAAGCUACGUCAUGCAUGAUAACGUACUGGACUGGCAUUAAGUUAUUCCGGGCCUGUAGGUGAGCCCUGGGCCGGAGCCGGAGAUCAUGAGUAAUGCUCUAGACCUCUUUCAUGUGCGGAGUACUGUAUUAGAUAACAACCACUUGCUUGAUUCAAUCAAGCUACUUACAGUACAUCAGUACACUACCUAUCGUUCAGUUGGAUAUUUCACCCUGUGUUGAAAUGAUCGCAAGAUAAAAAACCCCCUAUAAAAAAAACACAAAGUGAAGAUAUCGCUUUGUGUAUCUUUCUUGUGAUAUCUUCUCAAUCAACAGAUUUGUUGAUUAACAGGCAAGCAGGCAGUCCUUCCCAUCAACAACUGGGUCAUGGAACUGUGAACUGCUAGUCAUAGAGGUUAUUUGGAAAAGAUAUCUUGAAAUGAGCUGCCACAUAUGUUCUCAUCCUCCAGUAUCGCGCCAAACUUUCUUUUGCCCUACCUGCGCUCGCAGUCAGCUGUACCAGCUACGGCUCGAAAAUGCCAGAAUCCGCCUCGAGAGAGAGUCUUUUGGACAACAGAUCGAAGAUAGACUAGCACCUGGGGAUACUCGGAAAGAAUAUGCCACCAACGUCGAACGGGCGAAGGAAGUACCUGAAGAAGGGGGCUCGACUUUCCGGGCAGUACAAAAUAUUGCUACCGAGGAAGCCAAAUCUUGCACCCGGAGACAAACCGUUGCCACUCAGAUCGAGCGCCUAGAGGCCGACAUAGAACAGAGGAAGUCCGACCUGUCUCGUCGAAAGUCUGAGCUGGACCGUCGAAAGUCCGACGCGGGGUCUGCAAGGUAUCAGCUCGCCGGAAGAGAAACUUCGACUUUGGUUGGUCUUCAGAAUAACACAAAGAGGACGGACCAUCUGUGGCACACCUUACACAGUAGAACAGCCGAAGCCCGGAUAUUCCUCUGCAGGGAGAUUGCUUCCCUCUAUGGAUUACACCACAGCGCUCGUGAGAAAGGCGGCAAGCUUAAAUCAACUUACACGAUUAGCGGUGUGCCCAUAUUCGACCUCCGGGAUCUGAAUGGAAGGGCCUGUCCAGUUCAGAUAUCAACAUCAAUGUCUUACAUCGCCCGCCUGCUUGUCCUCACUUCUCAUUAUCUAUCUCUAAAACUCCCCGCUGAAAUAGUGCUCCCCCAUAGAAAUCAACCGUCAACUACCAUAUAUGCACCCUCUGGGUCAUAUCUUUCACAGAAACCCAAUUCGAUGCCCUUUCCAACCUCGUCACAUUCGAGUUCAACAACAGGAGCGGACAAAUCGCAGUCCCGCUUACCCCAGUCUCGGCCUCUUUCUGUGGAUAAAAGUCUCCCGAAGUUAGCUGUGGAAGAUUUUAAAACCUAUUCUUUAUUCCUGGAAGGGGUGACUUGGUUAGCUUGGGAUUUGUCUUGGUUAUGCCGAACGCAAGGUCUUAACCUAGCCUCGGAUUCAUGGGAAGAAGUUUGCGAUAUUGGGAAAAACCUAUGGCAGCUCUUUCUUGCCCCGUCUGUGCAAACGGCAGCACUAACUAGAGCAACCACCGGCCCUGACAUACAAUCAUCGUUAAAGGCUACAAAAGACGCCCCAAAGACCACGAUCCAAAGGACGAAGUCGUUCCCAGUGCUUGGGCACUAUUCCCAUGGCACAGUACAUUCUUUUCUGGGCGCAUCAGAAGGGAUGGAGUUCAUGCGAACUUGGAAACUUUCAACUCCCACAGCAGUCAUGGACAAAAUCAAAGCAAGUUUGCUUGGGGAAAUGACAAAUGCAGAGUGGGAGGUAUUGGAGAAGAAGGAAUGGGACGACACGUUGCACGAUUCAACUGAUCCCACUCCCAAUGCAGAGCAGGGGCAUAGGCUUGCCAGGGAUGGUCUAUCGACUGGGUCCAUGGCCGCGGAAGACCCGCCUAGGUAUAAUGGUGCCUACCUAACUACUUCGACUAGAGUGGAGAGCUCCAAUCGGUCGAAGGGAACCAGCGGUUGGACGAGGUUGAAGAAUAGAUCAUGAACUUUCUACGUAUAACUAUCCAGCUCUAACAACCACGUAACUGAUAUGGUUUCCGAGGGAGGAAACGAUAAGAGAUAAGAGAUGGUGACGAUAACAGUGAUCAAUGAUCAAUAACACCUGCCUUCUUCCUAUUCUGUUAAAGACAAACCAAGUUAUAGUGAU